AUGGCUUCUUCAUCCGAGCCUCCGUCAUUCGCAACGGCGCUGGCCAACGUCAGACGAUUGACCUCUUCUACUUUACCCCAUCAAUCCAAACCUGCCCAGCUAUUGGUUGCCAUCGAGUCGACCAUAUCUUCUACCUUGGGCAAGUCGGAGCUCCCUCAUUCAUCUACAGCCUAUUUCGCAUCAUUACAACAGGUAUUAGAGAAAGCUGUCAAUGAUGAAGUACCCGCAGGAACCGGUGACGAUGAGGAGAUGAUGGCCGAAAGUGAGAAUAUGGGAUCUGGAGCAUUGUUACCUGCCAUACUGUAUUUGUUGGCCAUUGUCAUACCUGAGACACCUAAUCAGGUGGUUAUAUCGAAAUCUACCAACAUACUAGAAAACAUUUUACCGUUAUUCGAUACUUCCUUAGAACACCCACCUGCUCUUCGAUCGUUAGUCCAAAUUACCACUUCACUCCUCCUAGUUGCACCUCCAGCUUUACUCAACUCAUCUCCAUUAUUGAAGAAAGGGUGGAACUAUCUCUUAGAGUUGAAUCUGGAUCCUAGACCCAAGGUUCGACAUCUAGCUCAAGAAGGUAUACGGAAGAUCUUGGUUACUCCCAUCCCACCUAGAUUGACCCCUGGUUCUCACCCUUACCUACCCCGAGCUAGAGAAUGGACUGUAUCGAUUUUACAGGAAGAAGUGAAAUCUUCUGGAUCAUCCACUACGAAGAAGGCCAGAUUCGCUGAUGGAGAGGAUCAGGAGGGUAAAAGAGCGAUUUGGGUGAUUCAAGGAUUAAGAGGUUGGGUGCCCGUUUGGGGAGAUGAGCAACUAUCCUCUUUAUGCGGAUUACUUCUGUCCCUCCCGUCACUUCCUCACCUCACCCCUCAGAUAUACUCCCUCCUCGCUCAUCUCCUCUCACCUCCUCCGGCCGAUGCAGCCGGCCCCGUCCCAUCGGUACUUACCAAUCUUCCCACCAUCCUUGAUUCACUCCUCACUUCUCCUCCGGGUCUAUCUGAGACUCCCACAUACUUAUCCGCAAUCACAUCAGCACUCAUCAAGAUGUCUAUCCAAGAUCCACUGUCACUAUCGACUUAUCUACCUAAAGCAUUCAACUUGAUCUUCCACAAUAUCCUCUUAUCGUCCACUACCCCUCCAUCAGUCUGUACGGCAGCAGCGGAUGCAGUGGGAUCUCAAGGUAUAUUGCGAUACUGUAUAAACGAUGAGGCGAUCUUGGCUACGUUAACUUACACACGACAAGGAUCGCAUUUACCAGGAGCGAGGAAGAAAUCCAAGACUCCCUUCUUAUAUCGAUUAAUCGCGUCUUUAACCGAGUCGAUGAAUACCCAUGCCCUCAAAUUACCUUAUUUGUUUAGUAUAUUGACGGCGUUAAUAUCAAGAUUGAGGUUACGUGUAUUACCUACCACCAAAGAAGGAGGUGGAGUAGCAAAGAUCGAUGAGAAUGGACGAGGACAUACAGCAGCUCAAGAGUUAUUCAUGGAUCUGAUCAAGGAAGUAGGAGAUCUAAGACACCAAAAGGGAUUUGAUGAUAAAGAUGGGGUAGACAGAGUUAUCGGAAUGGCUAUCGAGGUAAUUGGGGUGAAAGUCGUAUUGGAUAAAUUACCCUUGAACAUUGAACCUGAUACCUCUGGUGCACCUUCUUAUCCCGGACGAGCCUAUCUUUUACCCCUGAUCAGAGAACGAACCACCAACGAUGAGUUAUCCUUCUUCACCCACUACUUCAGACCCUUAUCGGAGAGACUAUUUGAGAAGAAAGUGUCAGCCGAAGAUGCCGGUAGAGAGGGCGAAGCGAAAGUAUGGGAAACGCUCGUAUCUCAAAUUUGGGAUUGCUGGAGUGGGUUUUGUGAGAUGCCUAGGGAUUUGAAAGAGGGACUCGAUACACCAUUCUUGUCACUUCUGACUUCAUUGCUUUAUACUCAACCUACACUCUUACCUUCCCUUCUCAGAGGUCUAUCCCAACUGAUCUCAUCUACCCAAAGAUUACUCAACUCUACCACGCCGUCUGAAGAACUGAAAAAGCAAUUCGGUCUCGACCAAUCGUCCGCUCAGCAAAACAUGGAGUUCUUGAAGACUUUAGCUAAAGAUAUGGUUAGCGUCUUGCUGAAUGUAUUCAGCAAAUUGCCGAGGGAAUCGAGAGGCAUGGUCGGGGAGGUAAUUGGAUCAUGGGUUGGAAUCAUGACUGAGAAGGAUAUCAUCGAAACCUACAACACCGUGACUACCCACCUUUCCACAAACCUACAUACCACUCAACCACCUUCUGCUGGAGCUUCCCCAAUCUCGCAUACGAUGUUGGACCUCCUGAUUAUCUUUGUACCCCACCUACCCCCCGCACAAUCCCAAGCUCUGUUCAACGCUGCAAGUCAAGGGACUAUGUUGGAGCACAAGGAUGCGACUGUACAGAAAAAGGCUUAUCGUUUACUUAAGAGAUUGUUGGAAGGUGGAAAAUUGGAUAAAACGAGGAAUAUAGAGGAGUUCGUUAAGAAGUUGAGUGAAGCUGGAGGAGGUGUUGGACCAGGUGCUCAAAGAGACCGAUUACAACUUCUUUCCGCCUUGGUUGAAUCCCUUCCAAAAGACUCAUUACAUAUCAUCCCUGAACUGCUUUCCGAGGCUGUACUGGGUACGAAGGAAGUCAACGAACGGGCGCGAGAUGCCGGAUUCGAUCUGUUGGUGAUUAUGGGUAAGAAGAUGGCGAGUGGUGGAAAGGUGAAAUUGCAGAUUGAAGAUGAUGAGGAGGAGAGUAUGGGCAGACCAGACACCGUCCAAGCCAACGCAGAAGAAUACAUCACGAUGGUCGCUGCUGGUCUUACCGGUACGACUCCGCACAUGAUCAGUGCAAGUAUCAAUGCCUUAUCUAGACUCUUGUUCGAGUUCAAAGAUGAUAUAUCAGAAACCACCCUAUCUGAACUCAUCUCAACCCUAUCCGUUUUCCUCCAAUCGAAAAACCGAGAGAUCGUCAAGUCCGCUUUGGGUUUCGCCAAAGUAUCCAUCGUGGCUUUACCUCUCGAGGUGCUUCGACCCCACCUGGGCAGCUUGGUACCAUCCUUGUUGGGCUGGGUGCACGACCAUAAGAAUCACUUCAAGUCGAAGACUGUACACAUAUUCGAGAGAUUAAUCAGACGAUUUGGGUUUGAUGAGGUAUAUAAUUGUUCGACUGAGUUACCUGAGGAGAGAAAGGUCUUGGUCGGAAUUAGGAAGAGGAAAGAGAGGGCGAAGAAGAGGAAGAAUGGUAGAGAGGAGGGUGAUGAGGAGGGAGAGAAACCCCGUCAAUCCUCUGGCAAUGCCUUCGACGAUAUUCUCUACAACUCCGAUUCUGAUCUUUCAGAUGAUGAUAACGAUGGUAAUGAGGAUGAAGGAAGACCUACACCAAAAGGUAGAAAAGGUCAACAACAACAGCAACAGCAAAAAAAGAGAGGGAACAAGGGAUCGGAGAGAGAUAAUAGAUAUAUCAGGAAUGAAGGUGAUGAACCUAUGGAUUUGUUAUCUAGGAGUAUCGCAGGUGGUAUCACUUCUUCUGAUCCAUCCUCACAAAAGGACAGGCGAAAACCGGGUCAAGAUGCCUCGCACUUCCAAACCGACAAAUCAGGUAAGAUGGUCAUCCGUGAAGAUGCUUCGUCAGACGAAGACAAUGCUGGGCCAUCGACCUCAAGAGCGAUGGAAGGUAAUGGAUUCAUGUCUAAGAAUGAGGUCGAUGGAUAUACUAGAGAUUCAAGGGGUAAUAUGAAGUUCACGCGAAAUACCAAGAAAGCCAGGGAACAAGAUAGGGAGUUAGAUAUGAUGAUUGAUCAGGAAGGUGAUAAGAAAUUGGAAAAUACCAAAAAAUUGGAAGAGAGAAGGAAGAAGAGGAAAGCUAUGGGAUUAGGAGAGGAAUUCAAAGCCAAGCGAGCCGGAGGUGAUAUCAAACGUACGGGCGGUCCCGACCCAUACUCCUACGUUUCAUUGGGUCAGGCAGGAAGUAGAAAACAAAAAGGUGGUCAGAAAUUGAAUUUGACAAAUAAGAAGAAAGGUUCAAGGCAUUAA